AUGGCUUCUAUGUCUUUCUCCAAUGUCAUGUGUCUGCCCUUCGGCGCGCCCGACUGCUCUUACAGCGAUCCCGGACACCAGACAAGCACUGGACUCGUACUAUUUGGCGAAAAUGCUCUGGGCCAUCGGCUUUCAGAUGCAGAGUCGGACACUCCGCAGUCCGAGGUUUGCCCUAUUGAAACAGCGGUAUACAACUACGUCCCGCAAUCUCUGAGAGGACUGUACCAGGCUCCGUUCAUGAGCGACGGACCGCUUCCAUUCCUCAGCCAUAACUAUGGGUCCAACAACUCGUUUCUCCCAUCUGCCGACCGCUCCUCUCUCACAUAUUCCGACAUUUCGUCUUCCUCCUCUGGCGACAACUCUUUGCCGUUAUGUUGCAGUCUGAGUCAGAUUGCCCCGGAGCUCCCUUCCCCUCCCGCGAGCUAUCGGGAGUCCGAUUCCGAAUCAGAGAGCGAGGGGAAUGGUACCGAAGACGGGUACAGACCGUCGCCGCCACCCCAGCCCGUCAAUCGCCGCAGGGCGGCCCGCCAGAGACGCGCCAAGGCCAGGGCUCGCACAGCGCCGUAUCCCUCCUCAUCCCAUACCUCGGCAGCCUCAUCACCCUCCCCCUCGGCAUCAUCUUCCUCUGGAUCGUCUACCGCCAAAGAGUCCCAUACCAGGAACUGCAUCGCCACCUGUUCUCCUCCGGAUGACAUCCUCCACGACGAAGACGGUACUCUGCGGUGCCCAGUCGACGGCUGCACCCACGUCGUGCGCCCGAAGGACCCGCACAGCAAGCCGCGGCUGGCGGACAUGCGCCGGCACGUCAGCACCCACUUCCCGGCUCUAAAGCAGGGCAAGUGGGUGUGCCGCGGCUACGCGCUGGAGGUCGCGGACCGUCUCGGCGUGCCGGGCGAGAUACACUAUGUCGAUGGCGUGCUUUCUCGGGGCGGGUGCAACCAGCACUUUAGCAGGAAAGAUUCGUUGAAGAGGCACCUUAAAGCUGUGUGCCGCAAGGUUCACGACUAG